GUCGAGCUGCGGCCGUCGGCGCGGAGGGUGCGUCGAAAACGUCGGUCCGCGCCGGCGACGACGGCAGGACGGUGCGGUGGAGAGAGGCGUGAAGUUGGGAAGGGAAGGAGAAAGAGCAAGUGAUAAAGAGUGAGAGAGCAGCAGGUGACGCGUAAGGAGAGAGAUCGGCGAUGUGAAGUGAGGAGAGAGUUGAGGUCUGAAAAGUGACAAGUGACCAAGGUGAGGUGUGGAAGACACCGCCGUCAGUGCGUUGGUAAAGGAACCCAUCCGUGACCCCGCCGGUGACUGAGGGGGCAGAGUGACAGUUUGCGUUUGAAAGAAGAAGCGUGGUUUGUUGUCAGAUGUUGGAUAAACACUGUGACCAGACACAAUGAAAGACGGGCAAUCUGCUGUUUCAAGACAACAACAUCGGACAAUAUAGCCCACCACCGGCUCAGUCGCGGCACCCGGUGAGCCGCGGUGACCUGUGGUGACCUGCAGUGACCUGCGGUGACCUGUGGUGACCUGCGGUGACCUCUGCUGACCCCGCGGCGCGGCCACCGCCGGCGGGCGGUCCGUCAUCACGCCGGCCAUCGGGAUGCCCAACAGAAAGGGCCUUCUGGCUCCACAAAACACCUUUCUUGAUACCAUCGCCACCCGAUUCGAUGGCACCCACAGCAAUUUUGUGCUGGGAAAUGCCAAGGUGUCGGCGACAUUUCCGAUCGUCUACUGUUCGGACGGGUUCUGCGACCUCACGGGGUUCGCGCGCGCCCAGAUCAUGCAGAAGGGCUGCGCGUGCCGGUUUCUGUACGGCGCAGAUACGGCCGAGGACCACCGUCGACAGAUCGAGCUGGCCCUGCAGGAGAAAACCGAGCUCAAACUGGAGGUCAUGUUCUACAGGAAAAAUGGCUCUCCGUUCUGGUGCCUACUGGACAUUGUUCCGAUCAAGAACGAGAAGAGGGAGGUGGUUCUGUUCCUGGCAUCGCACAAAGACAUAACGCCGACCAAAGUGGCGCAGAUGUCCACGCUGUCGUACGAGGAUCAGGACGACGAUCAUCUGUGCGACAACGGAGAGCGAGAUCCGAACGGCAACGAGCUAGACGUUGAGGCGCCCCCGAUCAACUACCAGCGGCGGCGCUCGCGAGCCGUGCUCUACCAGCUCUCCGGCCACUAUACGCAGGAGAGAAAGUCCAAAAUAAAGCUCAAUAACUCGCUGCUCCAGCCUGGAUCAACGGCGCCACUUCCCGAGUACAAAACUGUGUCUGCCAAGAGAUCCAAGUUUGUUCUGUCUCAUUAUGGUAUUUUUAAGUCGUGCUGGGACUGGCUGAUACUUGUGGCCACUUUCUACGUGGCCGUGGUUGUGCCGUACAACGCCAGUUUCGUCAUGGACCGGGACCGACCGUCCGUGGUCAGCGACGUCGUCGUCGAGGCGCUCUUUCUCAUAGAUAUCAUCCUCAACUUUCGCACCACAUACGUGAACAAGAAGGGCGAGGUGGUGUCCAACCCGCGCUACAUCGCCACCAACUACCUGAAGGGCUGGUUCAUCGUGGACCUGCUGGCGGCACUGCCGUUCGACCUGCUGUUCGCAGCCGACGUCUACAGCUCGGAGACGCCGAUCCACCUUCUGAAGCUGACGCGGCUGCUGCGGCUGGUGCGACUGCUGCAGAAGAUCGACCGGUACACGCAGUACAGCAGCAUGAUCCUGACGCUGCUGCUUGUGCUGUUCUCGCUGGCGGCACACUGGCUGGCCUGUGUGUGGUACGUGCUGGCAGACAGGGAGCGACAGCAGCACCCAGCCGACUGGGACAUCGGCUGGAUACCGCAGCUGGCGGAGCGUCUCCACCUGCCUGUGGACAAUGUGACCACGGAGAUGUCGUACAUCACGGCUCUCUACUUCACCUGCACCAGCCUGACCAGCGUCGGCUUCGGCAACGUCAGUGCCAACACCAACACGGAGAAAAUCUUCAGCGUCGUCGUGAUGCUUGUCGGAGCUCUGAUGCACGCAGCAGUAUUCGGAAAUGUGACAGCAAUAGUACAAAGAAUGUAUGCUAAACGCUCAUUGUAUGACUCCAAGUGGAAUGACCUGAAUGAUUUUCUCACACUCUACCAAGUUCCAAAGGAGCUCAAGCAGCGGAUACAGGACUACUUCCAGACUAUGUGGUCGCUCAACCACGGCAUCGACAUGGGCGAGAUUCUGCACGACUUUCCGGAGGAGCUGCGCGGCGACGUGUCGAUGCACAUUCACCGGGAGCUGCUGCAGCUGCCCAUCUUCGUCACCGCCUCCACCGGCUGCCAGAAGCUGCUCUCGCUGCACGUCAAGGACAGCUUCUGUGCGCCCGGAGAGUACCUGGUGCACUGCGGAGAUGCGCUGCACUACAUCUACUACCUCUGCAACGGCAGCAUGGAGGUCGUACAGACCGACAUGGUCGUCGCCAUCUUAGGCAAGGGUGACCUGGUGGGCUGCGACAUCCAGCGUCACCUGCAGGACGGCAGCGAUGUGGUCGUCAAGUCGAGCAGCGACGUUCGGGCGCUCACCUACUGUGACCUCAAGUGUCUGCACAUCGGCGGACUGGUGGAGGUGCUCAAACUGUACCAGGACUUCCAGCAGGACUUCAGCAACGACAUCCGGCACGACCUCACCUACAACCUGCGCGAGGGAUACGAGGCGGACGUCUCAUCGGUGAGCGCGAGCGUCUCCUCGGACACGGAGAACAGCGUCGGCCCCGGUCACACUCUGCCCUCCAUCAGCGAGGACAACGAGGCAGUGGAGGAGGCAGAGGAGGUGGAGGACCCGCCACUCUCGCCACAAUCGCCCAACAUGCGCCGCAAUGGCAACAGCAGACUCUUCUGUGAGGACUCGGAGCCGCUGCUGCGGCCGCGGCGGGGCGUCGAGCGCAGUCCGCUGGGCGGUCAGCACUCCACCUCCCUGUCGCCGAUGGUGCUCCGUCUGCGACGGCUCGGCUCCCUGGACAACAUGGCAACCGACCGGCCGCGGGAGAGAGACCGGCCACCCGACGACAGCAGAGCCAAGGUCGACCAAAUUCACGACCAGGUCCAGACGGCCGUACAGCUCUUACAGACGCUCACGGCUCGCACGGCCCAGCAGCCCGCCGCGCGCGCCACCUGUGACCAGGAGACGCAAACUGAGUUUCCCACACGGAUGCUAGAGGAGUUCGUGUCGCGAAACAAGGACCGAGUGCUGGCCCUGCUCGGUGUCGGAGCGGACGGCAACCGCGUCAUGAACGCCGCCCACCCGCGCUCGCCGCAGCGGGGCGUCACCUUCGCGCUCGAGAUGCCAGUCGGGAAGAGCGAGAACGCCGUUCGGUGUCGCGCCCCCUCACAGGUGACGGACUUUUAGCGCGCGGGUUCUGGCCGCGCGAGUGGGGCGUUGAUGAUUGUUACGUGCGACGCACAGGCACCCGGGUUUUAUCUUUGGACGAGUGUUUGUUUAUACCGUGAGUGCCUGUGCCGAGUGGAGGAGUGUGUGAGGUUUGGGAGAGAGUGGGUUCCGUCUGAGAGGGAGAGUAUUUUGCGGACUGACCUUAUAGGGCGGUUGGAUGUUUUGAGACAUGUGACGGACGGACGUCGGGCGGCGGCCGAGACCGGCCACUCAUAUUCCAGUCGAAUCAGACGAUCUUAUGUAUAUACUUCUUGCGCACUUGUUUCUGUGAUCUGCCCAUGCCCAAAUAAAGACAAUAUAUCAGCUCAUCAAA